UCUAGCUCAUCACCAGAUACAAGGCGUCGUGGUGGCGGCAAUUCAAGACUGUCAUGUGGCGAAGUUGGCUCAGCAACCGAAGAGAUGUGCUUAUGUUCAGAAUACGAAUUCUUCAGAGUAUUUUCAUGGGGCUGCUUGCGGGAUUGGUGUACUUACAGACAAACAUCGACGCGGACAGUAUUCAGAACAUCUCUGGGGCUUUGUUUUUCUUAAUCACGACGUUAGCCUUUUCUAGCCUUCAAGCUGUUUAUUUUGUAUUUCCUAUUGAGCUUCCAGUUUUCCUGCGCGAUCACAAAAACGGCAUGUACAGGACGGACGUGUAUUUCCUUUGCAAGACUUUGACCGAGGUUAGCUCACUUAUUCAGCGCAUCUAUCGAUUAAGGCUCUAUUUCUAGCCUUCGCUUGGCUUU